AUGAAGAGAUCAAUAUUCACACUGCUGGAAACUGACGAGGAACUAAUGAUGAAUGAUAUAGAAGAAAUAGAUUAUGAUUUACUACCGAAUGAUAUAGAUCAAAGAUUAACAAAUUCAGAACCAAAUACACCAACUUCCAAAAACCUACGAAUAUGUUUACCACCAGAUAAUAAAAUUACAAAUCAAAUAACAAAUGAAUUAUUUCAAGUAACAAGUAAUUUAAGAUUAAAGCAAAAGAAUCAGGAUGUGACGGAUGAUUCAUCAGACUCAAAUUCAUUAUAUGAUUCAAUGAAAGAUUUAAAACAAUUAGAAGAAUCAGAUUAUGAAAUGGAUGAUAUUACAAGAACAAGAGUAUUUUCAAAUAGAUUUACUACAUCAAUUGAUCAAAUAAAUCCAGAUUUAAGUAAAUAUUUUCAAAUUCAUGAAGAUACCAACAAUAAACCACUGAAGAUAAAAAAGAAAUCAUUAUCAUCAUUAACGAGGCGAAAAAGUUUACCAUUAAUUGAAACAAAUAAUAUACCAAAAAAAUCACCCCUUUACAAAAAACAAUCUCAAUCAUCAAUUAUACUACAUGGAUUAUGUAAACCAAAUAAUCAAUUAAAACCUUUUAAAUCAUGUUUUAAUAUUAAUGAAUCAUCAAUAUUUAUAAUUGAAUCAUCAACAGGAUUAUUAAAUGAUGCAACGAAAUUUGCAACUGAAUUAAAUGGUUCAAAAAAUGAUGAUUUACCAUAUCCUGAACAUGAAAAUGAAGUUGUGCAAAUUCCAACAAAUAAUUUAAAUAAUGAAGAAAUUGUUAAAAUGGCAAUAAUAAGAAUGAUCAAAACAAAUUGGUCAAAACUGGAAGUAAAUAAUAAAAGAAUUGGUUUUUAUUCUGAAAAUGAAUAUAAAUCUUAUAAACAAGAACCCAAUGAUUCUGGUGCUGGAGUUGAAAUGAUUUCACAAUCAAAUUUAAAUAAAAAGAAAAGUGUAAGAUGGGCAGAUAAUUUAGAGUGGUAA